AAGUUAUAAAAUCGACUAGAAUAAACAAAAAAUCCAUGGGAUGCCGCUUGAGAAAAUGCUGUUGCCUGAUUUCCCUAAGAGUGGGUUGCAUGAUCAGUGCUCUAUUAUUAUUUUUCUUCGAACUUAUUGCCGUUCCCCUGGGAAAUGCAAGACCUUGCUGCGAUAGUUUGGAAGGUGCCUUGUCGGUUGCAUAUAGAGUUUUGGAAAUAGUGCAUUUCGUAGGCUGUCUAAUGCUAUUCGUCGCCUCAUUUGUGAAAACAUCCGUUCUUGUGCUGAUUUUCCUAUUCACGAGCUGUUUACGCACUGUGCUGCAUCCCGCAUUUCUGGUAGCUGAAGUUUUAAUUUGGGACGCAGACCUCAUCGAUAUAAGCUUGUCGAUCACUGGACUGUUUUUAGGUAUUUAUUUCUGGAUUGUGGCGUACGCCUUUUAUUUCAAGUGCAGGGAGGAGGUAUUGAUGGAUUCGCCCAGAGUAACCAUUUCGCGCAAAAUAGAUUCAAUUAUAUUAGUUGCCUAGCUCACCUGAAAAUUAUU